UCAUCAUUGUCAAAUGUGAAGUUGCGAUUGAUUGUUAUAUUUGAUUUUUGGGAGCUUUCAAACAAACCAAAAAAAAAUCCUCUGAAGAUUAGCAUGCUUUUAUUACACAUUGCCACAUUUUGUGUAAUCGACGUUUUUACGCUCACCCUGUAAACCUACCAGCAAACUCACGAAAAAAAAAAACGAAUUUGUAAUGACGGAGAACAGAGAAUCCCUAAGUUCCUUCGUGGAGAAACAGGAACGAUCAACAGACUACGACAAACUCCUCAGCGGGAAAGUCUUAGUAGCCCCAUCGGAAGACCAGUACGAAUUGUUACUCACCAGGCUCAAACAACAAUUAGGCGAAGGCCGAGGAGAAGUGAUUUUAGAGAUUGGUGGUUCUGAUGAUGGCAGCGAAAAUGGCCUGUUAGAAGACGAAUUGGCCGCUGCUGUGGCUACUUUGCAAUCACUAGCCAAUACUUUGGAAUGCAGUUGCGUGAAAUUAAGAGAACGCAAAGAGAUACGAGGGAGCGUCGUUCAAUAUUUGAUCAGACGAGUCCUCGAUCAAUCGGAUUUUUUGGAGAUCCGCGUUGCUGUCGUUGGUAACGUAGAUGCGGGAAAGUCUACGUUAUUAGGCGUUUUAACGCAUGGAGAGAUGGAUAAUGGACGUGGACACGCGAGACAGAGACUGUUUAGGCACAAGCACGAAAUGGAAUCGGGUAGAACUAGUUCGGUAGGGAACGAUAUAUUGGGAUUCGACGAAGAGGGGAAUAUUGUUAACAAACCAGAACACGGAUCGCUCGAUUGGGUGAAAAUAUGUGAAAAGAGCUCAAAGGUAAUAACAUUCAUCGAUUUAGCCGGUCACGAGAAAUAUUUGAAAACUACAGUGUUUGGUAUGACGGGACACGCUCCGGAUUUCGGAAUGUUAAUGGUCGGAGCCAACGCCGGUAUAAUAGGAAUGACCAAAGAGCAUUUAGGUUUAGCACUGGCUCUAUCCGUUCCGGUUUUUGUUGUAGUUACCAAAAUCGAUAUGUGCCCCGUUAACAUUCUUCAGGAUAAUCUGAAAAUGCUAGUGAGAAUAUUAAAAUCGCCCGGAUGCAGGAAGGUUCCCGUUAUGGUGAAAACUCCUGACGAUGUCGUCCUGAGCGCUACCAAUUUCGUAUCUGAAAGAUUGUGUCCAAUCUUCCAAGUAUCUAACGUUACCGGUGAAAACUUGGAUCUCUUGAAAACCUUCCUUAAUUUGUUAACUACAAGGAUGGAGUAUCACGAAAAUGAACCGGCGGAAUUUCAAAUUGAUGAUACUUAUUCAGUACCUGGGGUAGGUACCGUAGUUUCGGGUACAACUUUAAAGGGAGUGAUCAAAUUGAACGAUAUAUUAAUGCUCGGACCGGAUCCUUUAGGACGAUUCCAGCAGAUCGCCGUGAAAAGUAUCCACAGAAAGCGAAUGGCGGUGAAAGAAGUCCGAGCUGGACAAACGGCGAGUUUCGCUCUUAAAAAGAUAAAGAGAUCUCAAAUCCGGAAAGGUAUGGUGAUGGUGUCGCCAGUUUUGAACCCCCAAGCUUGCUGGGAAUUUGAAGGGGAGAUUUUGGUGUUGCACCAUCCUACUACGAUCAGUUCUCGAUAUCAAGCGAUGGUUCAUUGCGGGAGUAUUAGACAAACAGCGAGUAUAAUCAGCAUGUCGAAGGAUUGUCUACGAACAGGAGACAAAGCUUUAAUCCAUUUCAGAUUCAUCAAACAUCCCGAAUACGUAACGCCCGGUCAAAGGAUGGUGUUCAGAGAAGGUAGAACGAAAGCAGUGGGAAACGUAAUUCGUAUAGUAUCUCAUUCGACUCCGGUGCAUCAAGGGAAUCGAUCGAAGCAGAACAAACAACAACGAUAUGGAGGCGGUGGUGGUGGAGGUGGUGGUGGUGGUGGACAGGAGAAGCAAAAGAACGAUAAAAAUCACGUUAAAAACGAAAAUUGUCAAGAGGAAGUAACCGAUGCGGAGAUCAAUGAGAAUGGACAAGAAGAUGGAGACGACAUUCAAAAAUCUGGCGGUAGUUUGAGAAAAGGAAAGAGCCGUCGCGGUGGCGGACGAGGAAAAUCCGGAAAUAACAAUUCUUCUUCUAAAACCGCUUUACCGGACGUUACUAACAUCACUAGUUUAACAGUAACAAAUAGAAACUCGACUGCGAAAGUAUUUUGUUUAUUUUUCAUAUUCAAGCAUCGCUCGUUCCUUAAAAGUUAAAUUAUUUAAUCCGAUUUAUAACAUAGCUUCUCGUACUAUUGAAUAAUCUAUAGAGGAAUUGUCAUAGAAUAGCUUAACAAAGGCACAACGGUGAUAUUUUCUACUUGCGUAAUGUUGAAGCAAUAUUAAUUCGUAAGAUUUAAAAUUCGUAUAAUAUAUACAUACUUACAUAUAUAAAAAAAAGUGAUGUGAUGUAUGCGUAUCCUCGAAUACAGUAGAACUGUUAGAGAUGAUGUUUAACGCGAUGCGAAAUAAACAUAUUUUUAUAAAAUCCGGAUUGUUAUUUUUUUUUUAUACAAAGAUUUUUAUUUAUUUCAAAAACGAUUGUUUAAUUAUUCUUUUCGGUUUUAAAAUGGCGUUUGAUUUGUUUGUGUUACCUUUCUUAAAUAAAACAGUUUAUAAACCACAAACAAGUCUUUUAUUUAUUGUAUUAUAAACAUUCAUUCUCUCUACAAGUAUACGUAAAUUCUAUGCAUGUACGCGAAAUGCAGGAAAAUUAAACUAAGUAUAUUUAAUACAGCAACACACGCGCAUACAAUUAAUCUUGCUCCAGGUACCUUUAUGGUCCUUAAAAGAAUUAUUACGAUUCGCAAAGUGCUCGGACCUCCGAAAACUACCAAGCAAACGAAAAAGAAAAAAUUACUUUUUUCUUGAUAACACAAAAAUGAUAGGAGCAGUGUAAGUAAAUGUCCAUACAGUGAAUAACCCAGCACAGAAAUUGUUUCUACUAAAGUAAUAUCCGAUCCGGCGAUUUUACUAAUAAUGAAUGAAAAUGCGGGCAUUACGAAUACAUAUAAACAGAGAAAUUCGAUUGGAGAUAAGAAAAGUAUUUUGUGUACUUUUAAGGAAUUACCGUAGGAUACGAAAAUCGUUAGAAGUAGUAAAGCUAACAGUGGUCCCAUAAGAUCAAUGUAAAUUUUAUCUUUACUUCUAAAAGGAGGUAGAAAUGCUGCUACUAUUCUGUAGAAUAUAUCAUAAGGAUACACCAAGAAUAAGUUGAUAAAUCUGUCUUCUUUAGGCCGCUUCGGUGAGCCUAAAUAUAUAUUAUGUUCCUCCUUCAUUUUCAGAAGAAUUUCUAAAACGUUGCAAAAAAAAUUAUUACGAAAUAAAAGACCUUGCAAAUUAGAAAUAAAUCUUACCUUCUUGAUUUAACGUGCUAUAGCUUUUAUUACGUCAACAAUUGAGCUUCUAUUUUUGGGUCAGGAAUAAGUAUUUGGAAAUUGAUUGAAUUGAAGAAACAGAUUAUUUUUCUAUUAUGUUGGCUUUUAAAUUAUCCAUUUUUCGUCCUUGUUUUUUUUUUCCUUGCCUAAAGAAUGAAAAGAGACGAAAUUCGAUGGUUUUCCUCUUGAUUUUCGGCGCUUUUUCGUCGUUUUUCCUACAGAAAUUUUCUGAAAUCUUUCUGUACUUUGUCGAAAUUUCAAUG